AUGAAUUCUGGAGAUAUUUCUGAAGAUUCCGACGACACAGAGGAUUUUAAAGACAAUUCAGAGGAAAUGGCUUACAGUUUAUUUGACGAUUUUAAGUCAACUGACGCUACUGAGGUUUAUGAGCAUAUGGAGAAAAAGUUCAAUUUCAAGUACAAUUUGUUAGGGAACACGACUUUACACAGAAUAGUUUUGAUAAAGUACUUACAGGAUAAAAAAGAUAAUAAUGAAAAUGUUUUAGAAUAUUAUAAUAAAUUGAAAAAGGAUCCGAAUAUAGUCUUAAAUAAUUUUGAAGAGUAUAUUAAGUCUCCUGUUAAUAACCAGAAACUUAUUUGGGGAUUUAUGGAAAGCAGUGAUUCAGAGGCCGAGGAUUCCAUUCUCUCAAAUUACAUCCACAAUUACAAACACAUAUAA